AUGGACUUCGAUCCAUUGUCAUUCAUUUCGUCACCGAAAAUAGAACAUGAGAUAGAGGAGUUAGAGACAGCAAAAGACGACAAAUUAAUUUCCAGGGUAGAAAUACAAGAAAACGAAGAAGUCCUAGAUGAAGAAUCAAUAGAAGAUGAAGAUGAUCAUUUACAACCAUUACAUAUUCUAGACCUACCACUCCUAAAAUUAAAACCAACUUAUGAAACAUUAUCAGUAAUACUAAAACUACUAUCACCAGAUGAAAAACUCAACUUUUCUCAAAAUAAUGAAGACACUAUAGUAAAUGAAGAAGAUAUACUAGUUUCAAAAAACAUUCUUUACGAAGAACUACAAUUAUCACUAGUUUGGCUAGAACAACACUGUCCUCGUUUUAACAAAACCACGAAACUUAUGUACUUACCAAAAUUAUCAACAUCACUAAAACUUCAAUACAAUGACUACAACGCCUAUUUAACGCGAAUAAUUUCAAACGAACUACCAUGGCUUUCCAACAACCAAAGAGAAAUUAUUCAUAACUUAACAAGUUUAAGAAUAAGUGAAAAUUGUGGACGAAUGGCUCAACCUGAAAUUAUUAGAAAGAUAACUUUCCCAAACCUUGACACAAAAACUGGGAGAUCAUUUAUAAAACUAAAGGAACCAUCUAUGACUAAUGAUAAUUUGGGAUUAAAAACUUGGGGUAGUUCGUUAAUUUUAAGUCAACGAUUAAUCAACAAGUUUGAGUUGGGUAAAGAAGUUCCUGUUUUGGAGUUAGGUUCAGGUACUGGAUUAGUUGGUAUAACUUUAGCUUUAUUGGGUUAUAAUGUUUAUUUCACGGACUUACCUGAAAUUUUACCAAAUUUAAAGACUAAUUUAGAACUAAAUGAGUUAAAACAAGAGUGUUUUGCAUUGGAUUGGUCAAAACCCGAGUCUUCGCCAUUGUCAUACAAAAAAUUUGAAUGUAUUGUAAUAAGUGAUCCAAUUUAUUCAUCUUCACAUCCUAAAUGGUUGGUUAAUACUAUCAAUUCUUAUUCACUGAAUUCUAUGAACAGUUUUGUGUUGAUUGAGUUACCAUUAAGACCUAAUUUUGAGAACGAAAGGAAAGAAUUAUGGGAGUUAUUCAAUUCUUACAAUUUUAAAAAAAUUGAAACGGAAAUUGAAGAUGGUUAUGAUGAUUUUGGAGAAAUGAAAUUUUGCUAUAAGAAGUUUCAAAAGAUCAUAAAAUAG